CAAAAUCUCCAUAUAUCAAAAAGUGCCCGACAAAAAACCAUAAAUAGGUGGCGCUACAAUACCUAGAAUACUUGAGAAAAAAAUGUAAUCAUAGACAGCGCACUUCACUCCAUCAAUAACGUCUAGGUUCUUAGCUACUCUAGCGCUACUCUGGAGAGAUUUGGAACUAUUAUUUAUAGCUGACAGCUGGACACUUUUGCAACAGUUCUGCCUAAGGAGAUUCUGUUCCUCAUAGCGCGAGGUGUAAAUGUGAAGUUUAUGCUUCCAAUGUACCCAACAAGAUGGCAGAACAAGAUGCACAAGAAAACGUAAGAGUAAACUUGAUUUGGCGUGAAGUGUCAUUGUACGUGUUUAUGAUUGCGAUAGGGAGCGUGCAUGAACUGUAGGAGGCAGCACAGGAGCAGUCAGAUUUUUGGCGCGAGGCGUAAAUGUGAUGUUUAUUGUUCCGAUGUAGCCCAAAAGAUGGCAGAACCUACUAUGCACAAGAAAACACGUGACGUGUAAAUGUACAUGUUUAUUGUUCCGAUUCAGGCCACAAGAUGGCAGACCCUUCAACGCGCACGGUCCCUAUUCAAGCCACAAGAUGACAGACCCUCCAACGCGCACGGUCCCUAUUAACUUAUAUCUACUUAUAUCAAUAUUUCUCCAUAUUUAUAUCAUUUUUGUUUUCCUUAUGUGGUGGUUAUACGCAUAUUACGCUAAUGUAGCAAAAAUGCUACCUCUUGGCUGCAACCUAUUUCAUGAUAUCCUUGUCAUAUCUUAGUAUCAAAAUAGAUUUGCAAGGUAAUGUAUUCCUAUGAUGUAUAUACGCAGUUAAGUUACUAUUAUAGAAUACUUCUAUCCUUUUUUACCAAAGAGAACAAUCAUAAAUCAUGAUAAGAUAAGUGUCACAUUGACAAUUGUAUUUAUUCAUAGGAUAUAUUAUCAUAAAUGUUUAUUAGUUUAUUUUUCUCGUAUGUUUAUGUAUUUUAUAGUAACUUUACCAAAAAAUGUCGACUUCUCUGGGUUCACGGUCUGGACCUCGUAGGAGCAUGAAUAUUUAUUCGCAUUCGCAGCAACAGAACCACGCACGAUACUUGGAUGCAUUAAAACUCGAGUUCAAGAAAACUUACGCAAAUCCCCCCGUUUAUACAAAAAGUAUUGAUGACUUUGAUUUCAUACAAAAUUUAGGAACUGGCUCAUAUGGCACCGUGGUCUUGGUGCGGGACAAAACCACGUUUCUGUAUCAUGCGAUGAAGUCCAUCGAGAAGGAAGCUGCGGUGAAGACGAAAGCCCUAAAACAGUUGAUUCAAGAAAAGAAAAUUUUACAAAGUUGCAAUUUUGUCUUCGUGUUGACCCUGGACUUUUGUUGCAAGGAUAAUGUUUAUGUUUAUUUAUUAGUGCCUUACGCAGAAGGUGGCGAAUUAUUCACAUUACUAAAGAAAUUAGGGGUGUUAUCAGAGCCUCUAGCUCAAUUUUAUAGUGCGCAAAUAGUAUUGGCUUUAGAAUACCUGCACCAUUGUGACGUCAUACACAGAGAUGUUAAACCAGAGAAUAUUCUAAUCACAAAGACAGGAUAUCUCAAGUUGGGAGAUUUCGGUUUUUGUAGAAUAUUAAAGAACAGAGCUUGGACUUUAUGUGGAACACCAGAGUAUUUAGCACCAGAAAUUAUAAAAUCUAAGGGAUAUUCAUACUCUGUUGAUUGGUGGGCAUUAGGGGUGCUCGUAUUCGAGUUGAACGUUGGGUACCCGCCAUUUUACAGUACAGACACGAUGGCACUUUAUGAGAAAAUCUUGUCAGGAUCAUUCAAGACUCCAGCAACAAUGACUCCUCAAUGCAAAUUGCUAGUAAAGCAGUUACUAGAAGUGGAUCCCAGUAAAAGAAUUGGGUUUCUAAAAGCGGGAGUAUAUGAUAUAAAGAGUCACGAGUGGUUCCAGGGGGUGGAAUGGAAUAUGUUGAUGAACCAGCAACUGAAGCCGCCAUUUAUUCCGGUACUUAACGAUAUCAUCAGUGGAAGUGACAAUGUAAUGGGUACAAAGCUGAAGCAUUCUCCCGUAAAUCUAUUCGAAGAAGAAUUUGAAGAUUUCUAGCAUGUUUGUAUCACUAAGUUUCUUAUAAUGCAUUGGUUGGAAAAUGAAAUAUAGGUAUUUAAAUAAAUGGAAUAAAUACCUGUGUAAAAUAACGGCCUACUCUAAGAAUAAAGUUUUAGCAACUACUGUCUAAUUCUGUUUUAUAUUAAGUAUUUAAAUGAUAUAGGGAUAGUAAUAAUCGUUUACAAAAUAUAGUUUAUGAUUUUGGAAAUUGUUAUUAAGUAAGUAAUUAAUUAAUUUAUUAUUAUAAUAUUAAUACCAUUUAACUCGAUGGUGAAUCUUUCUACAUCGUAGCUUUCAUGUAGGAUGUAGGUACAGUCACGUCUGAAAAUAUCGAUACGAAAUAUGUGCCAAAAAUAUGUAUACACUACCUUAAUAUAAUAAUAUGCA